AUGGCGGAGUGGUUGCAGUUGAAAAUUGUUCGUUUUGGCGAACUAAGUAGCAUAGAAGAAAGAAAGGAUAUUUUAUCUGAAAUAAAAAUUAAAUUGGGAAAUUUAAACAAUAGAGAAAGUGAACAAAUCGCUCGUAAUGUGGAUUUUAGUCAAUUGUUUAAUCACUUAACCUCGAUUGACAGAGAAUUUGUAGAUCAAGUAUGUGACAUUUUGAAGGCAUUGUUUGGCAUUUUAGAACCCGAAGAUGUAUAUGAAAGAUAUUCAACAGAAAUAUCUCAAUUGAUAAUUCAUCCAGCUGCUGUAGUUAGGUCACUUGUGUUACAUGAAAUUUUAUGUAUUGUUUCCGAUCCUUCAAAAAUACCUCUAAUACUUAGAGAUGUCAGUUUAAUGGUGGCUAUCAUAAAUAAAAUUGGGGAUGAUAAUUUAAUGGUAGCUAAAUGUGCAAUGUGUAUAAUGAAAGAAAUUGGUAAAAAUUCAAAUGGAUUACAAAUUUUAUAUACAGGUGAACCAUUAAGAAGUUUUGCUAGAUUAUUAGCAAAGAAUGAUACUAUUAGUUUUCGUAUAUAUGAAGUUAUUGUGGAUAUAGCAAAAUCUUCAAAAGAAGGUUUAGAAGCAUCUGCUCAAUCAGGAUUUUUAAAUAGUUUAUUUGAUACUCUUGAAAGUGAAGAUAUAUUACUACAAGUAAAUGCAUUAGAAAUUUUAACCCAAUUAGCAUUAACGGAAGAGGGAUUAAGUUACUUAGAGCAGCAAGAAGUUGUAAGAAAAUUGGUUCAGAAAAUAGCACAGGCCAAUGAGAAUCCAUUGUCAAAUUUAUUGAUACCUGGAUUAAUGAAAUUUUUUGGAAAUGUUGCUCGUUAUUGGCCUAAUGAAAUAUUUUCAAAAUACCCAGUUGUGGUUUCUGCAUUAUUUGAAGUAAUAGAAAGUGGAGAUCAAACUAUUCUUGGUGUUGCAUUAGAUACAUUGGGACAUGUUUCUAUGCGAGUUGAAGGUAAAUAUGCUUUACAAGACUUAAGAGAUGCCAUGCCAUGUGCAUUAAAAAAAAUUGCUGAAGUAAUACAAGGAAUGCCUACAGCAUUAAGAAUUCAUGCACUUAAUAAUUUGGCUCUCAUACUUGAUGUACAAAAAGCAGAACAGGACAACAGAAUCUUGUCUUUGACAAAAUCAUGGUUUGAUUCAAUGUGUGAUGAUCCAUUGGGUAUGAUUGUAGCAUUGUGUAGGCAACCAUUUGCAGAUAUUAGGCAAGCAGGUUUAGAGGUAAUGGCAGUUCUGGCAUCUCAAGUAUGGGGUCAAGAAUACAUAUCUUCUUAUCCAGGUCUUGUAGAAUUUUUAUUGGACAGGAAUAUUGAAUCUUUUAAAGAAUGUAAAGAAGCUAAAUAUGAAGUUAUAAAGCAGUUAGUUGAAGCUGAACAAGACAUAUUUGAUGCAAAUAUAAUGCAAAGGUUCAGAGACUUUGUAAAUCAAGGACCACAUUAUAAUGAAAUUGAUACAGAAGUUGCAAUAGAAGGAGGACUAUGA